GUUACUGGUCUAUUGUGAACUUUAGGAGUAACACACGGUAGACAUGGCGAGUAAGGACGAAUUGGUGAAGGAGCUCGGGGAGAUGCUCCCUCUUGACGAGGAGUCUUUGGUACAGAUUGUUGAUAACGCUCUGAAAUUACCCAGUAUUGGUGCCAUAAACGAAUACUGGUUAGGGUUGCUAGGCGAGUCACCAGCUGCUUUGGAGUUCAUGACCAAAUUCAACUCCCAAGGUGCAACGGAGAAGGCGGUAGAGAAGCCAAAGCACAGUCAAACACCACCACGGAGGGAACAGAGACCGAAGCAACAGGUUGCGGCGAAUGUUUGGAGUCCCAAUGUUAGUGCGCCAGGAAAUGCACAGAAGACUCAACCAAGGUUGACCAACAAGGCUUCCAGUACCACAACAUCACAGUUAUUGGAUAAGAAACCAGCUAGCAGGGGAAAGACGAAUGCAAGGAAGGAGAAGGAGAGGAAAGUGGACAACCUGAAGGAUCUGGAAGCGGUUUUGAACCAGCUAGAAACCGAGUCUUCAAAGGAUAUGUAUUCAGCGUGCGGUUGUAUGGCCACAAGACAUCCGCUCUUUGAAGUUGUGCCUAACUGUUUGAACUGUGGUAAGAUCAUCUGUGUUAAAGAAGGAUUGAGACCUUGUAGCUUUUGUGGGAAGGAGCUGAUUAGCGCCGAUGAAAAGGCAAAGAUCAUCCAACUCUUGGAGUCUGAAAGGUCCCAACUCGAAACUUCUGAAACUGGCAUGAAACACAACAGUGGUGAUAAGAAGAAGAAACCAACUGUGACACUACACUCUGGUGCUGGUGUUAAUCUAUGGAAACAACAAGAUGCCUUAUUCAAGAAGCUAGAUGAACAAAAGGCACAGAGGGACCUUGAGCAGAAGCGAAAAGUUGAAGAGGCACAGCAGGUGAAGCAACAGGAUAAGGAGUUACAAUUCUAUGCCCAUCAAAGAGAUAUGGAUGAGGACCUUAUGAAGGCCAAGUCCAAUCUCGAGAAUUUGCUGAAUUUCCAGGCGAAUUCUGCAGAGCGUACGAGGAUUAUCGACCAAGCUUCUGAUUACGAAUUACCAACGGGUUCCAAUUUGAAUAUGUGGUCUAGCAGCGUUGAAAAGGCCCUCCAGUUAAAGAAACAACAGCGACAACUAAGGAAACAGGAGAAACGAGAGAAUGAACUAAAAGGACGCGGGAAGAAAGUUAUGAAUAUAACGAUUGGUAAAGAUGGUAAGGCAACCAUGCGUGAAGUCCAAUCAACCGAGGUUAUCGACAGCGAAGAUGAAGAGGAACAGGAGCAAAUUGAUCAACUGGAGAAGGAGAUUGCAAAAACCAAAGCCAGCAAAGCUGAAGAUGAUUUCAAAACUGUCUGGGACUUCCAGAAGGACCAGGACAAGUGGGAAAAACCUGUGUACGUUGGCCAUGGUGAACCUGCUGCAAUGGACAACUUCGAGAUACCAUCGAACAAAUGGGGCAGAGUACAAUCCACAGUUGACAACAACAACGACGAAGAGAUUGACCAAUUGGUGACAGUCAUAUAAGCGAGCUUCCACGUCUAAUAUAGCCUACUCGGUUCCUUGAACCUGCUCCAUAACACAAGCUGUGUAGAUCAUUUCCAUAUUGUAUAACAAUAUGUAUAUAGGCUCAUCACCUUGGAACCAGUGCCAAACGCUCAUAACCCUGAAAUUAACACCAAC